CGGCCGUGCAGGCGGCAGCUGCCGGUGUCUCGGCUCGGUGCUCCGUGUCGCUGCUGCAGCAUGUCCCGGUGCCAGUGGCGGCCGUGCCCCCCGCCGCGGUGAUGUCGCUUCCCUGCUGCCUUUCCCCGCUAUGAAAGAUCCGCAGAGCCCCCGCAAUGACGGUGCCUUUGCUGAAGAUCGGAAUUGUCCUGAGCACUAUGGCCAUGAUCAGCAACUGGAUGUCCCAGACUCUGCCCUCUCUGGUGGGGCUCAACGCCACCAGACUUAGUGCUGCCAGCACCGGGAGCCUGGACCGCAGCACAGGGGUAUUACCGGACAAUGCUGAAGAUGGUUGGCGUGUAUUCAGCUCUGCCCCAGACAGUGAAGGCAGGUGUAUCUGCACCGUGGUGGCACCUCAGCAAACUCUGUGCUCACGUGAUGCCCGCACCAAGCAACUGAGGCAGCUCCUGGAGAAGGUGCAAAACAUGACCCAGUCCAUCGAGGUGCUGGAUCGCCGUACCCAGCGUGAUCUGCAGUACGUGGAGAAAAUGGAGACACAGAUGAGAGGCUUGGAAACAAAAUUCAAACAGGUGGAGGAGAGUCACAAAGCGCAUCUCUCCCGACAGUUUCAGGCCCUAAAAUCGAGAAUGGAUGAACUGUUGCCUUUAAUCCCCGUGCUGGAACAGUAUAAAGCUGACGCCAAGUUGGUGUUGCAGUUUAAGGCGGAGGCGACGAACCUGACGGCUGUAUUGGCCGAGCUUCAGGAGGAGAUCGGGCCGUUCGACUACGAGGAGCUCCUGGCCAGAGUCUCCAAUCUGGAGAACAGGUUACGAGCCUGCAUGCAAAAAUUAGCGUGCGGCAAACUAACGGGAAUCAGCAACCCACUCACCGUGAAAACAUCUGGAUCGAGGUUUGGUGCCUGGAUGACAGAUCCUGCCUCACCAGAGGGGGACACUAAGGUUUAUUACAUGGAUGGUUACCAUAACAACCGCUUUGUGCGUGUUUAUAAGUCCCUGCAGGAUUUCAUGGGUACGGACAAUUUCACAGUGUACCGUCUGCCUCACCCAUGGUCUGGUACUGGUCAGGUGGUUUACAACCAGACCCUGUACUUUAAUAAAUACCAGAGCCACAUCCUCAUCAAGUUCCACAUUCCCACUGAGCGGCUGCUGACUCAGAGAAGCCUGGACUACGCUGGCUAUAACAACAUGUACCCGUACUCCUGGGGAGGCCAUUCUGACAUCGACUUGAUGGUGGACGAGGGUGGGCUCUGGGCAGUCUAUGCCACCAAUCAGAAUGCUGGGAACAUCGUCAUUAGCAAGCUGGAUCUGGGAACGCUGGAGGUGAUCCGGAGCUGGAACACGGGCUAUCCCAAACGGAGUGCAGGGGAAGCCUUCAUGAUCUGUGGCACUCUGUACAUGACCAACUCACACCUGGGUGGGGCCAAGGUUUACUACUCAUACAACACCAACACUUCCACCUAUGAGUACACUGACAUCCAGUUCCAUAACCAGUACUCUCACAUCUCCAUGUUGGAUUAUAAUCCCAAAGACCGAGCCCUUUACACAUGGAAUAAUGGUCACCAGGUUCUAUAUAAUGUCACACUGUUCCACAUCAUUAAAUCUGAUGAGUUGUAAGGCCGUACAAAUUCCUUCCUUUCCACAAUGAUACAGUCAGUAUAGUGAUACAUAGAUCUGGAAGACUUGUAGAGGUGUUUAUAUAUAUUCCAUAGAAAGGACAUGUAGCCUCAUUGACGUUUUAGUUUGGUUUCUGGGCUAUUCCUGUCUCCACACAAAAGGGUUUCCUCAAUUAGCUGAUAUCUGCCCCCAGUUCCCAACUCAUAACAAUAGGUUAAUGGACGAGAUACUACCUCCCUCCCUCUGUGUUCUCAUACACUCUUCCUCUAUUCCUUAUUGUCCCUCCUCUCCCUCACCACUUCCCUCCUAACUCCCCCUCCCUAUCUUUCUCUUCCUGUCCCUCUCUCACUUUCUCUCCCCUCCCAUUCAUCCCCCCACCCCCUUCUCUCCAGUGUUGAGGAUGGUAGGACCCAAGUUGUUGCUGUUGAGCUUGGGAUCCACAGUAGGAGCAACCACAGGAACCGAACCUGCUGAUGGUCAGGGAUCUCCUCACUCGAUCUUCAAUACUUUGGCAAAUUGUAAGGGGCAGGAAACAAAACAGCGCCCCCCCAUCUCACUCGCUCCCCCCCCACCACCACCACCACCAACUUGAAAACACUUCACCUCUACAAAAAUCUAUCUCUUCUACCAGUUACUAUCAAUGACCAUGGGACUGGCUCAUUCUGGACAUGCAGCUGUCAACUAACUGGACUUCACCCCCACUGUCACUGGACUAUAAUCUUCUAUAGUGUUCCUCAGCUGCCUCAUUGUUACCUGAAAGAAGUUACUAUUUAAUCUGAAGAGAUGUAAUUAUUUGAGCAUAAGUCCAUUGCGUGAUGAGUUGUGUGUCACAGCUUGUCAGUGACACCGUGUAAAGGCCCAUUUAACAUCUGUGCGUUGGAUAACUACAGUGUGAGCUGCAUCAAAUUAACUAGACCAUAUUCCCUAUCCUAGAACCUGGUACUUUAAGACUCUGUUCUGAAUUCAACCCAGGUUGAUUUGUAGAGUUUAAUAUUUCAUAUCAGCCCGUUCUGGUGCGCAAAUCACAUCAUCACAGUAAUUAAUUCUCUUGUCAUGUACCGAUUGUCAAAAUAUUGCUUCAUUCUUUUGCAAAGCUGUGGGUUUGUGUGAGUGAAGGAGGGUGAGUGUAUCUGCAUUAUGUAUUUGUAAGUGUGUACCUCUCUGAUAGCACUCUGUGUGUGCACUGUCAAUCUGUACAUCUGAGUCUCUCUCCAUUUGUACCUGUGUGUUUGUCUUUGUUACUGUAUCUGUGUGUGUCUGUUAUAGGGUCCAUUUUGUGUGCCCAGAGUUUGGAGGUGGGGAGGUGGGCUGUCCAUAUCCAUGAGUGUGUAUGUUGGUGUCUACACAUCUCUUUUGGCCUCCAUCUGCCAAUGCCUGUCAGUUUAUGCAGGAGAGCUGGUUUGUAUCAGAGAGUGUUAAUGAAUGUGUAUGACAUUAUCUUUAUGGGCAUCUGGUGUGUUGUUUGUCUGUCUCAGUGAAUGUGUCUGGCAGUUUGUCUCAGAGUGUCAGUCUGUGAUAGUAUCUUUGCGUGAAUGAAUUAGCCAUGUUAGUGUGAGAAUGUUGGGUGUAGACGCAUUGGUUUAUGUGACUGAGGUUUUGAAUGUGUCAGUGUGUGGGUGUUGGUCUAUAUGUAGCUGUGAGGUUUUGAGUGUGUGCAUGUGUGAUGGUCCAUGUGAGUGUUAGGUUUUGAAUGUCUCAGUGUGUGUGUGUGUGUGUGUUGGUCUAUGUGAGUGUGAGGUUUUGUGUGUGUGUGUUGGUCUUUGUCAAUGUGAGGUUUUGAAUAUGUCUGUGUUGGUCUAUCUAAGUGUGUCAGUGUGUUUGUAUUGGUCUAUGUGAGUGUGAGGUUUUGUAUGUGUGUUGGUCUGUGUGAGUGUGAGGUUUUGAAUGUGUUGGUGUGUUUGUCAUAGAGAUGACAGAAACAGACCCUUUGGUCCAACCCGUCCAUGCCGACAGAUAUCCCAACCCAAUCUAGUCCCACCUGCCAGCACUUGACCCAUUUCCCUCCAAGCCCUUCCUAUCCAUGUUGAAAAAUGUGUUGCUGGAAAAUGCAGCAGGUCAGGCAGCAUCCAAGGAGCAGGAGAAUCAACGUUUCAGGCAUACGCCCUUCUUCGAUUCUCCUGCUCCUUUGAUGCUGCCUGACCUGCUGCGCUUUUCCAGCAACACAUUUUUCAGCUCUGAUCUCCAGCAUCUGCAGUCCUCACUUCCUUCCUAUCCAUGUACCCAUCCAGAUGCCUGUCAAAUGUUGCAAUCAUACUAGCCUCCACCACAUCCCCUGGCAGCUCAGUCCACACACGUCCCACCCUCUGCGUGAAAAUGUUGCCCCUUAGGUCUCUUUUAUAUCUUUCCCCUCUCACCCUAAACCUAUGCCCUUUAGUUCUGAACUCCCCCAUCCCCAGGAAAGAAACUUUGUCUAUUUAUAAACCUCUAUAAGGUCACCCCUCAGCUUCUGAUGCUCCAGGGAAAACAGCCCCAGCCUGUUCAACCUCUCCCUAUAGCUCAAAUCCUCCAACCCUGGCAACAUCCUUGUAAAUCUUUUCUGAACCCUUUCAAGUUUCACAAUAUCCUUCCAAUAGGAAGGAGACCAGAAUUGCAUGCAAUUCUGUUGUUUUUGUGUGUGUCAGUGUGUGUGUUGGUCUAUGUGAGUGUGAGGUUGUGUGUGUGUGUAAGUUGGUCUGAUUGUGAGGUUUUGAGUCUGUCAGUGAGUAUGUGUUUGUGUUGGUCUAUGUGAGUGUGAGGUUUCGAGGAUGUGGUUUUGAGUGUGUCAGUGUGUUUGUGUUGGUUUAUGUGAGUGUGAAGUUUUGUGUGUGUGUAUUGGUCUAUCUGAGUGUGAGUUUUUGAGUGUGUCAGUGAGUGUGUUUGUGUUGGUCUAUGUCAAUGUGAGAUUUUCAGUAUGUCAGUAUGUGUUUCUUUAGAAUUUUAUCUCUUGUUCUCCACCAAUGGCAGUGAAGAGAGGGGUUGGCAUGUGCUGCUACUGACUGUUGUAACAGGAAAACAGUGCGACUGUUAAAGUCAACCUCUGUAUUUGCCUCUUUCUAUUUUAUCAUUAAAAGGAGUCCAAGAUGA